AUGGAGUCACCCAUUCAGUUCGAAGAGAGCGGCGGGGAGUGGUUGGUAGAGCUGGAACAGCUGAUCGCUGGCUGCCCGAAACCGACCGCUAUCGACGUUAUCGGUGGCAUUUUCUGCAAUUUAUGUCAUUCAACAUUUGGCAACAAGAAAGAGUUUGACCGUCACUACACUGAGCAGCAUAAUAGGAUUCCUUCAGCCAUAGUGUACACUUGCGUAGUAUGUCACAAGGAGAUAGCCCCAUAUCCCAAUUUUCGCAACCACUGCUAUCUGGCACAUGUAGCUAAAGACAGGUUCAAGUGUGAACUAUGCCACAAGCCGUUUUCAAAACAAUCCGUACUGACCAGUCAUAUUAAUUCUGUCCACCUAUUCAGGUGUGCCUCAUGUCAAAAAGAAUUUCCAUCUAAAAGUGAACUGCAAACACAUCAAAACCUUCAUAAACGAGAUAAAGAGAAGCCUCCUUACCCUUGCCGCCAAUGCUCGAGUACAAUAGAGAGUGUUGAUAUGUGUGAGAUGCAUAUUGAUGAACACUGCAAAAUAUUGUAUCCGUGUCCUAUCUGCAAUGAGAUAUCCAGCAGCAAGCUUGAUACCGCUAAACAUCUUACAACCCAUUUUGACGAAGCACUUACUAGCGAAAUUGUUAGCACUGAACUCAGUACCGACUGCUCUGUUGACAUGCUUGGAGGAAUCCUCUGCUCGUAUUGCGAUGAACUAUUCAAAAAUAGAACAGAUUUUGAUCAUCACUUCAUUAAUGAACAUUCAGACAAAGAUAUUUUUUACUCAUGCAACAUUUGUGGGAAACAGUACCGAAAAUACCAUUUAUUCGCCGACCACUGCUACUUUCACGUCGCCAAAAAUAGAUUCGAAUGUGUAGACUGUGGCAAGUUAUUUCCUCGCCUAUCUCUCCUCGUGCUCCACACGGAAGCGUUCCACACUCCGGGCUCGGCAGACAAUAAGCCGUUCAGCUGCGUCCAGUGCGGUCACGCGUUUGGCUCUGUACGCAGGCUUCACGAACAUCUGCGUGUUGUCCACACUGUCAACGCCUUCACUUGCCCUGAAGAUGGAUGCAACAUGAAAUUUGAUACACCCAGGGAUCUGAUCCUCCACCAGCGCACCCAUAAAGCAUCUCGUGACAACUGGUGUCGACAGUGCGGCCUGCAGUUCACCACGCUAUCAUCCUGCCAGGCACAUCUCGACGUUCACCGCAUGAAGCAUUAUGCCUGCCCCGUUUGCAACAAAGAGUACCGAGAAAAGUACCUGAUCACCAAACACAUCCCAAUACACUUUGAGUCAGUACUCCAUGUCUGUAAGGUCUGUGGAAAGGUAUUUAACGCUCGCCACCGGCUCGUUGAGCACACAAAAACACACUCCGAAAUCAGACACCACAAGUGCAGCUAUUGUGGCAAAGGAUUUAUGAGACCGUAUCAGCUUGAACAACAUCUCAACAUCCAUACCGGUUCGAGACCCCACAAAUGCAUCAUCUGUUCCAAAACUUUCGCAAGUUAUCCAAACUGCAUGAAGCACCUCCGCAAAGUGCACAACAUUGAUAGAAACAAGCUAAAAACACUCGCCGAGGAUACCAAAAAAGCUACGAAAAACGUUUCCGCUGCAAAAAAUAGAAAGGACUUUGAUAGUAGUUACAGUGAAGUUAAAAGCGAAUCAGGCAUAGAAUCCACGAGCCCUGAGAUAUCACUGGACACGUACAUAUUCGCCGAGUCCGACGACAGCACUAUGGACAGCAUUGAUCCGACGAUAAUCAAGAAGGAUUGGUGUAUUUUGAACGAAAAUUCAUUAAUCGACAAUAGUCUACAAUAUAUGGAUAUGCUGCCGGUCACUCAUACCACAUUUGAAACUGAAAUAAAAGCAACCCCCCUGGAGUGCUCGGGGGUGGGCCAGGGCGCGGUCCUGCGCGAGUACGGGCCCGAGUUCAACGUGGCGGACGGCAUCCACCUGGACGACCACUACCUGCCGCACAUCGACCCGCGGCUCACGAUCAAGCCGCAGCCCGCCCCGCGCCUCGCCUCGCCCGCCGACCCGCUCAUCACCAAGCUGUACCAAGCGUAUGAAUUAGACGACGUCAACAGACUCUCCAUUAUAAACACAGAUAUAUUCUAA